AUGACGAAAAGUUCAAUGGAAAAUCAGGAAUCCAUUCAAAAUCAAGCACUUGGACUUAUAACUAGUAGGGUUAAGUCCAUGCCUAUUGAGUCAAUGCUGCUCCUUACAAAUAUUAAACCACUGAAGACUGUUUUUGAAGAGAAAGCUACCAUUCUGUAUGAAAAAUUGUUGCAUCUUGAUGAUACCUUUUUUGGAGAAACUACCAGAAUCUACCUCGAAAUCUUAAAACCUAAGUGGCUUUGUCCAGAGAGUUCUUGCCUGCAAAGGUACCACCAUCUCCCUAAUAUUGUUGAUAAGGCUUUGAAACCAUGUAAUCCCUUAGUAAUUCAUGAAAUAAGAUCCAGAUUAAAUCUUCAAACUUCAGUUCUUAAAAACGAAACAGCUCCUGAAGUUCUGUGCCUUCUUGCUCUGGAGAUGAUCUGUAAUGAUCUGUACCCCGAUCUUGACUGGCUAAGAGUAUAUACCGAUGGCUCGUUUUCUAAAGACCAACCUAACACUGGUGCAGGAAUCUUUUGUGAUUUGUUCAGUUUUUACACUCCAAUAGGAAAUUUCCGUACAGCCUUCCAUGGAGAGGUCUCGGCCAUACGUAUAGCGCAGAAACAAUUAACCACAUCCACUGCAACAAGUUUCAAAUCCUCUCUGACUCCAGAUCUGCUACUCAGAGCAUUUGCUCCAUUUGCGACCCAUCCUCAAGGGAUACAUUGGAUAUCCAGCUCACCAUCAAAAAGUUGGAACUAA